AUGGCCAGCGGGCUUAUCACGACCUGCCCGACCGUGAAGAUCUCCACGCCGCUCGACAACUCGACGGCCUGGCAGCUCUUCUCCAGCACCGCGUUCGCCCCCGCGCUCCCGGACGCUACGGCCUCUGGCUUCGUGGACAUCUGGGGCGGCAAGUACGCCAAGGGCGUCACGGCCGACGCCUCGGCCUGGAAGCACGACGACCGCCUGCACCUCACCCGCUGGGACAUCCGCACGCCGUCCUUCGACGUCAAGUUCGCCGACACCACGAUCACCACCAUGCGCACCAACUUCUACAAGUUCGUGGACGCCUACAAGGCCAAGGGCGGCGUGCCCGGCGGCUUCACGACGUACCGCGACGAGCGCUGGACCGUGAGCGAGAUGGCCGAGUUCCUGUACGGCGGCGGCAACUUCGCCAAGCUGCAGAAGAUCAAGACCAAGUAG